GUGCCAGCGCUAUUAAGAGCAUGUGGACAGCUGCAUUAAAUCAGCUUGCUGUUGUUGUUGAGUGUCGAUUUCGCUGAUAAGUUGCCGUGCACAAUGUAUAGAUAUCUUGUCAACAGCCUGCUAUUUUUUUGCUGCGCCGCCGGACUCAUUAAUCGUAAUAACAAUAUUAUCGCGGCGAGCUCGGUGAAGACCUCGGCCUUGGUCCGGCAGCUCCUCGCCGCAGACGACGUCCACGUGCCGCCCAACGCCGACCAGCCCGGUCAGCCGGUGCGCGUCAACGUCGGCCUUCAGGUUGCCGGUGUACAACAUGAUCGCUCGGAGUCGGAUUUGUUGAUACUGCACGGCUUUCUAGACCUGCGCUGGGAAAACAGCCGUUUGGCGUGGGACCCGCUGCAGCACCACAAUAUCACUGCCGUACGGCUUCCGGCCGACCGUGUCUGGGUGCCCGACAUGACACUGUAUAACAGCUACGAUGCACGCAGUGGAGUGUUGCCGGCAGACAGGACGCUGGUGUUGGUGUAUGCCAGUGGUAAUGUCCUGUGGAUACCGCGCGUGGCCUUCCCGCUGAGCUGCAAUACAACGCAGAACACAGCCGGUGAUAAAGUGCACUGUGCUAUUAAACUAGCUUCGUGGAUGUAUGACGCUUCGCUGUACGCGUAUCGCGUAUCGCGUAUCGCUGGUGGAUGUUGAGUUGCUCACCGACAGAAUCGAAACAGCCGCCUAUUCACAUCUGUACAGUGGUUCCCGCUACCGUAUAAUCGACAGCAAGAUAGAACGCAACGUCGUCUCAUACGCCUGCUGCCCCGAGUCCUACCCGUCCAUCGACAUGACCUUUACCGCCCAACGAGCAGCGGCAUCGUAACAGCGACUCGCUUGGGCGGCGUUCAUACUCAACUCGCUGCUGAUACUACUACACUAAUGCGCUGGGCUAUUCGUCGUCCUAAUUACUUUUUACUUAUCGUUAAUAAAAUUGUAAUAAUAUGUGUGUAAUCUGUAUGAGAAUCGGCUUAAACUUAUUAGCGCCGCGGUGUCUGUCCAUAAAAGCGCUACCAUCUCGGCACAGAACCACGUUGGCCUUGUAACGCAGAAGAUUAAAUUGCCGAUAGCGA